AUAAUUAAUAUUGUUAGUUUUAAAAUAAAUAUCAUCAUAACAAAAACGAGUUUUUUGAUUAUAUUUUAUUUUUAUACUGCUUACUCUUUAUAAGUUUGAAUAAAUUAACUUACUACCCUACUAUAAAUAAAGGAAUAAAUAUGAAUGUAAGGAAAUUCAGUAGUGAAGAAGUACCACAAGAGUUUUUGAAAUGGCUUCUUUCUAUGGGUUGUCCUGCUGACGUCGUGCCUUCUGUCGACAAAAUGCCUUUAUUAUGUCGUGGACAAUACAAUAUGAUAUGGAAGAGUAUGAUGGAACACAUUUCCUCUAAAAAUGCCAUUAGGAACAAACGACUACAAGUUUUCCUAGACGACAUUUCUAAAUGUAGAAAAAUAUGUUCAUUUAAUGAGAAAACACAAUCUGUUAUUGAACCAAUACAACUGACACUUUGGAAGCAGAAAAUCGAAGCAAACAAGACAUUAUUGGAAAAGGAAACAAGAAUUGCUCAAGCACACAAUGAUGUUAUAAUUGUGGAUAAAAUAUCUAGUUUACUUACGCAGAAAAAGCUAUCAAGUGGUAAAAUUGAGAACUUGCAACGACGCUCUUGGUUACUGCAACAAGUUUUAGCAGAGUUUGAGAGUAAGAAGAAACACUUAGAGGAAACGAGAGAUAUUGCCAAGUCACUUUGCAAUAUCAGUGCAAGUGACAAUCUUGAGAGUAAACUUGAGAAGUGUAUGGGGUUAAUUAAACAAAAUUUGACAUCCCAGACUUCUCAGACCGGGACCAGUACAUUUGCCGAAACUGAUUCAGAAGAGACUCUGGAAUCGCUAGUGAAGUACCGUGGAGAUGUCCUCUGGAAUAAUUUGAAUGAAAAGCGAGCCUCACUAGUCAGAGAGCUAGAGAUGGCCCACAACGAGAAGAGGGAAAACAUCGGUAGAGAUGUUGGAAAAGUGGAGGCCGCGGUGUCCCACUCCACGAGAGCGCAAUGCUCCUUGGCCUUGCGGAGCAUGAAGAAUCGCCAACACGCGAAGCUCGCCCAGAAACAACUCGCUGCGAAUAUUGAACUCCUCGGGGCGAACUUGAGCGCCGAGUCGUGCGAGCUGUUGGUGUCGAACUGCGAAAGAGCUUGCGCCCGAGCGAAAGUCUCGGCUCUGAAGGAAAUGCUGGACGACGUGAAACAUUCGCGCGGAGUUUUCUCUCUGGAAGAACCCGCGACCGACGACGGUCGCCCGACCGGGCGACUAGUCGCGAACGCAGACAAGGACAUAGAAAGGGAGCGCAACGAGCUAGUGAAGUACUUGACGGCGCAAGAAGCCACCGAACACAAAAUCAGCGGCGUCGAGACGUGUCUGACCGGGGUCUUCAAAGCCUUUCAUACAAAUUCUGCCAAGGAUUUAAUUAAAGACGGUCAAUUCGAUUUCCCGCAAGAGUCGGUGGCCGCCCUGCACGACUUCUUCUCGGAGACGCGCCGGAGGGAGGCGAACGGACGCGACCUGAGUCUGGAGUUCGACGCCUCCGACGCGAUCGCGGACCGAAGCGAUCGCGCGACCGAGCUGAAGAUAUAUCUGCAGACCUUCAGCUUGGAGAAGAACAGGAAAAUUCUUUUGAAAAGCGGCGAGAAAGUGUGGAUCUCCGACACCCUGAAGUCCUCGACGGAACGCCUCCGACGGCAGUGGCUGCUCGACGACGUCGCGCCUCCGUUGUGUCCGGCCGCCGGUCUCGAAUAUAACCUGGAGCAGAUCGUCGACGAUGCGGAGGACGUCCGGGGGCUGGAGGAGGUCGCGAGAAGACUCGCGUCCGGAGAUGCGCCCGGCGAAGGAGGCCUCGAUGUCGGAGACCCGUCUCGAGCGGACGAAGCGUCCGAGGACCGCUUAAAGAAGAGAAUUGCGGAAAACUUGGGCGUCUUGGAGAAAACUAAGAAAAAUUUGGACAUUGCGGAAGAAAACCUGAACUUCUGGGCGCGAGACGAGAUGAAGAAAUAUAUAUCGUCGACGAGAACCGUGGACGGGAAGAGCUUCGCAGAAUACGAAACUUUAUAUUCUAAGGCCAUUAUAACUAAGAAAUAAAUGAUGUUUUAGCUUUUAUUCAUUUGACGACGUAUUAGCACGUCACUUGAAGCAUCCCGGCGUCAUUCUUUACAGCAAUAGUGAUGUGGAGUAUUGUAAAACGAUUUCUUUCUGUUUACUAAAAUUUUAAAACAU